UGGCCAAUUCUAGCAUUAGAAAACGCCAGAGAGAAAAAUGUAAAUAAAACGAAAAGACCGUAAAUUUAGAGAGAGAGAGAGAGGGCCGGCAUUGAGAUCGUUGGGAGAAGGAGAAGGGGGGUCUUCUGUUGGCGCCGGAGAUGGGAGAUUUGUGGGGAACAGAUGAGUCCUUCGAUUAGAGAGAGAGAGAGAGAGAUUUGAGCCUUUCUCGAAUCCGCCUGUUGGAAAGAUCAUUUUUUGGGGGGAUUUGAGCCCUUCUCUUGGCCCGAUCUCCCUCGAGGAUCCCAUCCUCGACGUGGCUUCGUCGCCAUCCUGUCAGAGCUGGAAGUUGGGCGGAUUUCAGGAAAGGAGAUUGUAUUUUUCUUCGAAAGGAACCUAUAUUCUCUUUUCUGGGAUAUUUUUUUUAGAUUUUUUUGGGAGAAAAUUGAUAUGUUUGCUGUUUUUGGAUCUCUUCUGAUUUGGAUUGGAGCUGGAGGCACAAAAGGUUUUUAGGCAAAAAAGAUUCCAUCUUUAUCCUUAAAAAUCCCGAUUUUCCUUUCUUUUUUUUGAAAUUUGGGCUCUGGGGCUUCAAUGGAGAAAUCUCUACUUCUCUCCUAGUUCCAUUCUGAAGAAGGAAGAGGCCGAAUAGAGCUCCUUAGAGAGACUGGCUCUUUCACAUCCAAUCACUUCAAUCUGUCGAUCUCUCUCUCUCUCUCUCUCUCUCUCUCUCUCGUAUUCUCCCUCUUGUGCAUUGCUCCUAUUCUAUCAUAUCGGAGGUGAAAACCGGCAUAAUUUGGGAAAAAAGAGGAUUUUUUUUUUAGAAUAAAAGCAUAGAUUUUUCCUUAUGCGAUUUUUAGGUAAAUCGGAGCCGUUUGCUCUCUAGACGAGUUGCAUUCUAAUGAAGAAAGGAAAAGAAAGAGGCUUUUCCUUUAAAAUCUGAAGCCCUAACUCAUAUUCGGAUGCUCAUCAGAUCCCCCCCAAUCCUCGCAUGUACAGAGUCGUUUGAAUGCCGAAAAUCCCAACUUUCAUCUAAUUUGGGCCAUCCAGUUUCCCACCCAUCUCCCCAUAUCCUACAAAAUCCACCAUUUUUAGAUCCGGGGUGCUGGAAAGAUGUCUUUUAAGAGUAUAGUCCGGGAGCUGAAGGAGAUGAGAGAUAAGUUUGAAAGCAUGUCGAGGAGGAGAGGAGGAUUGGCGGAAGCAAGGGCCAGGCAUAGGCAUGGAGGGCCCCGGCAAUCAUGGCACCAGCUCGAGUAUCCCCAGCAGGAACAGCAGCAGAGAAGGUGGGCAAACCUGCCCCCAGAGCUGCUGCUCGACGUGAUCCAGAGGGUGGAGGCAUGCGAGGUCUCCUGGCCAGCAAGGAGGCAUGUGGUGGCCUGCGCAGCGGUGUGCCGAACCUGGAGGGACAUCACCAAAGAGGUUGUCAAGACCCCCGAGCAAUCCGGCAGGAUCACCUUCCCUAUUUCCCUCAAGCAGCCGGGGCCGCGCCAUUAUCCAAUUCAGUGCUUCAUUAGGAGGGAACAGGCAACGUCAACUUAUAGACUGUAUCUUGGACUGAGCCCAUAUGGAUUUUCGCGACCAGAGAUCAUUCAUACAAGAUCAUAUCAGGAUUAUACAUCAAAAAAAGCUCAACAGGGGGAGAAUGACAAACUUUUGCUGGCAGCCCGCAAAAAUAGGCAUGCUACCAGCACAGAGUUUGUGAUAUCAUUGGCCUCAGAUGAUUUCUCUCGAGCCAGCAGCUCAUAUAUUGGGAAAUUGAGGUCAAACUUUCUAGGUACCAAGUUCACUGUUUACGAUAGCCAGCCUCCUAGUGAUGCUGCAGUUUCAUCAAGCAAUCGUUCAAGCCGAAGGAUCCAUUCCAAGCAGGUCUCCCCAAGAGUACCUGCAGGCAAUUACAGCAUCGCCACUAUUUCUUACGAAUUCAAUGUCCUCCGAACCCGAGGACCAAGGAGGAUGCAGUGCAUCAUGAACUCAAUUCCAGUAUUGGCAAUUAAAGAAGGUGGCACUGCCCCAACUCCCACAGGCCUUAUUCAUUCCGUUGAUGAACAGUUCUCCAGUUUAUCAGUUGGGAAGGGCAAGGAACCACUUACAGUGUUCUCCUCUACAAGCCUUACUGGGCCAUCUGCACCUGUUCCAAGCAACGAAGAGCCACUGGUACUAAAGAACAAAGCCCCUAGGUGGCAUGAGCAAUUGCAGUGCUGGUGCUUGAAUUUUAGAGGGCGGGUGACUGUAGCUUCUGUCAAGAACUUCCAGCUCGUGGCAGCUGUGGAUCCUUCCCACCAGGUCUCUCUAGCAGAGCAAGAGAAAGUAAUUCUCCAGUUUGGGAAAAUAGGCAAGGACAUCUUCACAAUGGACUAUCUCUAUCCACUCUCUGCUUUCCAGGCUUUUGCAAUCUGCUUGACCAGCUUCGACACAAAGCCUGCAUGCGAAUGAACCGUGAAGAUACAGAACUGUUUCUUCAUUAGCUUUCCCGAAUAUUUGCUUCCUCGAAGUUGAAGCUGUAAAUAUUCUUCAUGUGAACUUCUUUGCUUGUCAUCCUCUGUCAUUGUUGACAGCUUAUUGGAGCAAAUGGAGGUUAUAUUUGGGUUCAAGGAUCAUGUGAGGUUGGUGUCUUUGCAUGUCUAAAUUACCUUGAAAGUGAGGUAACCUUGUUGUCACUUACAUAUCUGUAACUCCUUUCUUAUGCAUUUUUUAUAUUAACUAUAUGGAGAUUUGAACUGUAUUCUCAAUUGCAUGAAGGGCAUAACUCAUGCUAUCAAAUGUAAACCUGUCUGGUCUGAUUGAGUUAUCUGAGUUGCAUUUAUAAUGCAUGGAAACAUAAUUUAUAGCAUUAUUA